AUCUAUAGAAAAUAUAAUCUUAUUAAAUUGUUUCUCAUAGCAGAACCUUGGCUGAAACUAUCCAUUGUAAACAAGAAAAAUCGUGCGAACAUUGCCGCCUUUUCAAUUCAGUAGAAAUUUGAUUUUAUGGUUCACUUAAAUACUAGGCACUAAAUACCUAGUCGGUAAUCGUAUCUGCUCAUAAAUGCACAUGGUUUCACAUUCACGAUCGUCGUUAAUCAAGUAGACCUGGAUCAUAAAAUGCUGUGCAUUUUGCCAUCACCAUAAAUUUUAUUUUAAUGGCUGAAACUAUCACGCCAUCGACCAAUUGGUCUCUUUUGCAAUCGAAAGUGAACUUUAAAUCGUUAGCUAUACAACUCAUAGUGAAAUAAUUGAAUUUAAAACUAUUUCUGUCAGUGUAACAUCUAUUUCCAUAUUUUGUCAAGCUAUUUAGGUACAUUUUUUUCUAAAUAAAUAUGUUGAAAGUUAGGUUAGGUACAGUUACAGACAUUGUCGGGCCAUUUAAGCUAAUUUGAUUGUCAAAGGUACUAACGGUAUGAAAUGUCCAAUGUAAAGUAAAAUGGUUCAAUCAUUAAAGUCCGCGACUGUAAACAACACGCAACAUGCCUAAUUUAGUGUUUCCUAUGUACAACGGUUGAGAGAAAUGCAUACGACAACAACGCACGACGUGGAAAAAAUAUGAACGACACCUUAUGCCAUGUGACAACUAUUUCAAAAUUAACUGGAUAUUGCUCAAAGGUUAAGUGGAAGACAUCCCUGAAAGAGAUAAGUACUAAUGAUGUGCCUUUGUACGAAUGAUGUGUGUUUUUUUAUAUUAUAAAGUGAUGUAAGUACUACUACUAUUCGCUACUAAAGUACUUCACUUCGAAAGAAAACUUUACCGUAACUAAGUGAUACCGUGUAGUUUAAUCGAUAUUGAAGUUAUACAAAUUUAGACAAAGCUCCGAUGUGUCUGAUUCAUUAACAUGGAGAAAUGGGGCUGUUGAGCAACACUGGGUUGCUGGCAUCUGUGCCGCAGAAGUCUACAGAAGCUUCUAGAAAUACACAGCAGAGUCCAGUAGAGCUGAAAUGCUCAGUGACGCCGGCGCCGUUCAUGCUCCGGCCGUACGCGGGGCUCUACAACCCCUUCUCACACGGCUGCUCGGUGCUGUGCAACCACCCGGCUGAUACUGAAGCCAAGGAGUUUGUGAGACGCGCUAAAGACUCAUGGCUACUGGAGGGCAGAACACAUUGCUUCGGCGAGGACCUGAGCAAGAUCCAAGAUUUGAAUGGCCCGGAUAAGGAUAAAAUCCGAACUCCUCAUGACAUCGUUACAGAGGACAUGUUUAGAAGAUAUACUGAAACAGACUCGCGACCACUGACGCCCGCUCCGACCCUCGCCAGCGGCAAGUCCAGAGGCUCCCGAAGAUGCCUCACCCCCGACCAGCCGCAUCACAGAACCACCAUUGUUCUAGACCUAAGAAGAAGUCACAGCCAGGAAACUUUAUACUACCACGGCUACACAACCUCCGACAUGACAGCGGGCCAUGGAACCAGCGCCACCAACGACCGCUCGCUGCCAUCUCUGAGUCUUUCUGAGGGCGCUCACAGUCGCCUCAUCAAGGGGCAGUGUGAGCAGCUGCCGCCGCUGGCGUCACCGCUUGUGCUGUCCAAGCGGGCGCCGCUCAUUAAAGAGAGUGAUACUAGUCGGGAAAAUAAAAAGAAUCAGCUGAAAGCCCUCAAGCUAGGAAAAGUGAUUAAGAGCAAGAAUAAGACAGACGCACCGCCUGCGUCGCAGCGCUCCAAGUCGGAGAAGGACACCAAUGACGGGAGCGAAACUGUUCGAGGCACUUUGGAUGGUUCUGGAGACGGCGAGAUCCGCAGGCGCGGCAAGAAGCACCGCAAGCGGCCCACCGGCAGCGACCGCCUCACUUCCGCGGGACUCGCGGCGCAAACACAACAGGAUCCAGAAACACAAAUUGCUGGCAUCGGCACAGACUCCCAAAACCCCAGCUCCCGCGGCUCCAUAGCUCCGGUCGACGAUGACGUCAUCGUGCUACCCGUCAUCAAACAAACACCAACUAAGACAGACUCUUUCUUAGAUGAUGAUAUUCUGAAGUAUCUACACAGGGAGGUAGAUGAAGAGGCGAUUGAAACUGAGUUUGAUACUAAGCGUCGUUACGUGCUAGAGGAAGCACUACGUACCCGGCCAGAGCGGCCGCCCGGCCAGGAGAUGCAGGCUCUACUCCGAGAGCUGCAGGUCCCCGCCGUCAGCCUGGGCGACUGGCUUCACAUUCCGAGGGUCUUCUCCCGUCAGAGCGCGCAGUUCUCCCUACCCAUCGAUUCCAAUGAGCUGGAGAAUAUUACUCCUAUGCAGUACGCGGCGCGAUUCGUAACGCUAAAGAAAUCCAAGCAGCUCUUGUACCUGACGGUGCUUAGACGGUUCAGACCUGAUGGCUACAGAAUGCCGAUACAGGACAUCGAAGCAGGCUUGACGCUCAUGAUGGGUGGCAUCCUUUCCACAACUCAAGUGGAACAGUUCCGCUCCAUCAUGCAGUGGCCAGGGUAUAAGGAAGAGGAUAUUCCGGACGAGAUCAAACUCACUCUAGAGGGGUAUAGGGAGCGGAGAGCCUCCAGAGAUAGUGAGGAGUCAGAUGUGAAUACGUUGAAGUACCGCACUUGGUGCGGCCUGUGCGCCAUCUGCGAGCGCAUGUACGGCAGGUUCCCGCCGAGAGAAAAGGAUCCGCCCGACGGGAUGGAGCUAAGCGACUUCACCUUGGUGGAGACUAAGUUAGCCAUGCUGAAAGUCGACGCCGGCUUGAUAGACGUUCUAAAUACUAUCAGGGUGCGAUAACUGCUUAAAAAUAAGUUUUGUAAAUAUAUUUUUAAGGUUAUUUUAUCUAUUUUGAUACAAACACAAAUAAAAUACCUACUAUGAAGUUAAGUUUUUUUUCAGUCCACAUUUUUUUGUUUCAUGGAACAUUAAUAUUAAAUUAAAAACAUUUAUUUCAAGUACCAUAAUUACAUAAUUAAAAUAGUAUUUACAUUAAACAAACACAAACAUUAAAAUUUAAAACAUUAAGGUUGCCCUGGUUAACACAUUGACAGCCGUCUAUUUCUCAAUGUUAAUCACAGUGCUGCCUGGCGUAUGAAGUCCGCAGCAAAAUGCAUUUUUUUUUAUGCAGGAUAGGCAGGCGUUUGACCACGAUCACACAUGAUGGUAAAUGAUGAUGCGGUCUACGGUGGAGCACGCUUACGAAUGAGAUACCUAUUUACUCUAGCCUUGAAGAUAUUCAGAUUGUACUCAUGCGGAAACGCAGACUCGGGUAGGGCAUUCCACUUCCAACAAUAAUAUACAAUACACAGGCAAAACUUGUCCGCAAUAAUUUCCAGGACGCUGUUGGAGUUGGCGCGCUCGCGUCGCACCAGGGACGCAGCUCGCAGGCGCAUGGUAGCUUUAAAACACGCCAAAUGCGCCUCCGCAAACAUCCCCGAUGCGACGCGCCCUAAACGCAUUAUUAUUAGUGUUGGUAGGAACUCAAGUCUUUUGAGUCUAAAUUAAAGAACUCUACUUGUUUUUACGAGACUCAGAGCUUAAAAAACUUCAGUCUUUUUAGUCCCGAUUCGAGUCCUGUAUUGAGUAUUUUUUAAGCGCAACUCAAAAGGACUCGAGUCUCCGAAUAAAGACUGUCGACAAUUUUAUAGGUUUUACCUAAACAGCAGUAAAGGAAAUAGGCGUUAUCGUAUGAUUUAUGUUAUGUACUUCCAUGAAUUUUACAUAAAGACAACGCAUUUCGAAGUUAUUUGUAAAAAAAUUA